AUGCAUCAUCCAUAUCAACAUCCCGUGUAUCGUCAAAAUGAACAAGUUGAUCCUGCGACUGAAUUACUUGCUGAAAAGAGACGCAGAAAUGCUGGUGCGUCUGCUCGUUUUCGAGAUCGGCGGAAGCAACGAGAACGAGAAAUGCAAGAAAAAUGUCAAUUUUUGGAACGAAGAGUUCAAGAAUUAGAAAGUAUGGAUAGUGCCAAACAUAUUAUGGAGUUAGAAAAAAAGUUGGAAGAGGCAGUCGCUGACAAAAAAACUUUUCAAGAAAAAAUAGUUGAAAUGGAGAAAGAGCUUCGUUCCAAAUUACCUGAACAAGAACCAGAAUCCUUGACUCCUCCCUCAUCUGCGGGAGAAUACGAUUCCAAAGAUGAUUUUUUUAAUUAUUAUUCAAGAAUAUCAAGGACACCAUCCUCAUCAACAUCUUCUGAUGAAUCGCGUAAACCAACUGAU